AUGAAAUUUUAAUAUAAAAUCAAUAAGAAAUAUUAUAAGAAAACUUAUUCUUAAAAAAUUUAUUUGCUGAAACAAGUAGCAAUGCAAAUGCAAAGGAGAAUUCAAGCUGUAAUUUAUUUAUAUUAUAAUUGAUAGAAUUAUUUAGUCUUUCAUAAUCAUAAGGAAGAUUUUCUUCAAUUUUGUAGUUAAACUCAUAAGUUCAAUCUCCAUCACAUACUAAAUAACAUCACGAUAAAUUAUUUAACUUAUUAAAAUGAGUUUUGAUUUUAUUAUCCAUAUAUAUUAUUUUAAUUUAUUAUGUUUUUUAAGUAAAACCUUUAUCUUAUUUUAGUUUUGCUCGAUUCUUUCCUCAGCAAUAAUAACUUGAUUCAUUAUUAUUAGCUAACGCUGAUUGUGAAUUAGAAUUGAUUUUAUAGACAGAUAAUAUUUUAUAAGAAAUUAAAGGAAUGGGAGCCAAUAAAUUUGCUGAUCAGUACAUAAUUUAUUAAUUAUAUUUUAUAGUAUAAUCAAGCAUCCAGAAAUGUAUUAAAGGAUGAUUAAUUAUAUAAUAAUGGUUGAUGAUGAAUUGACUGACAAAUAGAGAUAAAUACAGUAUUAUGUAAAAUAAAUAUCAAAAGAUAUCCAUUCUUAUGUAGUGAAAUUUUAGGCAGUUAAAAUUAAAAAUUAUUGGAUUUUCUAUUUGAAAGACCAGAGGAAGGAAUAGAAGCAGAUGCAGAAAUGAUUCGAGUUAGCUUAUAUGAUCAAUUGAUUAGCUUUCUUGAAGGAGAUGUUUUUAAUAUGACAUCAGCAGGUUAUUUUUCAAAAGCGUUUCUUGCUAUUAUAAAAAAAAGAGGAUUUGAUGUAUCAUUUAUUCAAAUUUUUAGGUAUGGACUCAAAUUAUUAAUAAUAAAUAAAUUAUAUCUAAUUUAUUAAAACACAUUGAUUGUAGGCAUAUUGCAGAAAUUAUUGAAAAAUUAAUAAUCCUUGAUACAACAUAAGAAUUUACAGAAGAAACAUUUCUUAAUGAAAGAAAGACAUUAUUAUAAAGAAUUAUUAUCUUAAUGCAAAAUAAAUAUCAUUGUUCAGAAAUAGUUGAAAACAUUUGCGAUAUUUUAAUAGAAAUUACAUCCAAAAAUAUGAGUUGUUUAUACUAUAAUAAUCCUGAUAUUGUUCCAUUUAUUGAUUAAAUUAAAAGACCUGAAUUGCUAUAUGAGAUUGCAAUUAAAACAUAGAAACCAUAGCCUUUAUAAGUUUUGAUUAAUUUAGUUGAAAUGUCAUCAAAAGAAUCUAAAAAAGAAGAAGAUGAUGAAGUUAUUCACAAUAAUGAAAAAGAUUAUUCAAUUUUUGAAAACAUUGUACCUGAAUUACCUUAAAAUUUAUUAAGCAAAAGAUAUAGUGCUGCUAAUUUUAAAAAUUCAAAUAAAGAAUAAGUUUAACCAUUUGGACUACAUAAGAUUACGCUAUUAAAAUUAAUUUAAACUUUCGUCUAGUAAAUUUGAAUAUUCAUUCAUAGAACAAAUGACAUCUCUAUUAUUGAAUCGAUGUUAAAUGCUGGUUUGGUUUAAGUGUUAGAAACUAUAUGUGUUUAAUAUUCAUCUAAUAAUCAAAUUCACAUUAUAACUGAAAAGAUUAUAAAAUCAAUAUUAGAUUUAAAUGAUGAAAAAUUAACAGAAAAAGUUUAAUUUUUAAUUUAAAAUUUAGGUAUUUGAAUUUGGUUAACUUAUCGAAUUUAUUAUUGGUUAUCAUAUAGAGCAGAAUGAUAAAAAAGGAUAUUUGGCACUUUUGACCUAAUUAUCUAAUUAUUUAAUUGAGAAAUCUUACAACAAAUUAAUUCUUUAAUAUUAUAAAGAUAGUAAAAAUAAGAAUUAAAAUUAGAUUAAUAAUGGUUUAAUUUUGUGAAAAACAGACUAUGCAACAUUAAUUAAAAAGAGAAACCUUAUUUAUGUAAUGUUAAUCCAAAAGCCAAAUCAGAAAUUGCUGAUGAUUAAGAAUCAGAUAUUAUGCAGAUUUUGCAAGUAUAUUAUGUUUGAAUAAUUAUAUAGAAAUUUAAUGAUUCUUAAUAUGGUUAGUAGAAUUAAGUAGAUUAAUAAGAUCAAUAAGAUUAAUAAGAUUAAUAAGAUUAAGAUAAGGAAACAUAAUAAAAUGAAUAAGAUUAAGAGAAUAAUAAUUAAUAAGAUGAUGGAGGAUAAGAAGAAGAUGAGAAUAUUUUAAUAGAUAUUAAUGAUGAUUAGGUUUGGAUGGAAGAUAAAAAUUAGAAUAAAAAAGUAAAUCAAGAUGAUGAAGCUUAAGAAAAUAAUAAUUAGAAUAUUUAAUAAGUGAUUUCAUAAGAUAUUAAAGAAGUCACUACAAAAGAUGAAAGUAUUUCUUCUUUAUUUAAUCACAACCUAUUUUGGAAGAUUUAAUAUGACAGUCAAAAUGCAGAAGAUAUUUUAAAUAAUUAUGCAUGA